AUGAGCUGCCUGGGAGAUUGCAUAGGGGUGAGUUGCCCUCCUGAGGAGGAAUGCAGGAACGAGGACUCUUUAGAAGCAGAAAUUAACCAAAGGGGUCAGUUGCAAUCCUAUUGUGUACAUUAUUCACUUUCCAAGAACCCCCGCAUGUUGUCCCACAUGCAUUCUAUCCUCAUUGGUCACACCAGAGAGUACUUCUUUCUCACAGGUUUGCUGAACUGUCUGUCUUCAGCUCCUGACCCUCCCCAAAGCCAUCAUCACAGGUACAUAAAAGCUGUCUCUGACUCCGCUAUGUCUUCUGAGAAGCAAAUAAAUGAUUCUUCCCUAGAGAACCAGGAACAGGAGCAACAGGUAGGUAGAUGUAUUAAGAGGGACUUCUUUUUCUCCUUGCUCCUCCAGAUUGAAUAUAUGAAGCAAGGAGUGGAUCAGAAGCUUCAAGAUGGCCAAGAGAAGCUCCACCAAAUGUGGCUGGACUGGAGCAAAAGGCAGACAGGAGGGAGUGAGGACACAGACUUGGUACAAGCUGAGCAACUGGAGUCUCGUGCUCUGACAAUGUUUCUGAGCAUUAUACAGCAGCUGCAGGCAACCUGCCUGACCCUAAUGUCAAGCAUCCAAGGCUUCCCCUCCAACAUUCAGGAUAAGGUGCAGCAGGUUUGCCACAGCACAAAAGAGCUCCAGGCUUCUUUCUCCACAGUCCACUCCUUCCAAGACCUCUCCAGCAGAAUCCUGACCCAGAGCCGCAAACAGGUCACCAAAGCCCAGGGCUACAUUGAUGAGCUGCUAGAGUACAUAGUGCACAACACUCCUCUGUCCUGGCUAGUGGGACCCUUCAUGCUGUCUGGUAAAAUACCAGAAGAAGCCAUGGAACCAUCAGAAUGAGGGGGGGGGGGAAGACUAAGUGGCUUCCAUAAUCAGCUCUGUCAAACUUACUGCAACUCACUUGUAAAGGACCGAAUUUUCCUUAACACUUUUAUAGUGAUUAACAAUAAGGUCUGAAAGCUUAAACCUUUGUGCAGCCACCUCCUGACAUUAGAUUGAAUUGCUUUUUCUUGUAGGGAAAUGAAGCUGCUUGCAGCUCCUGGCUCAAACGUUCUUCACCACAAUCCUGGAGAGGCACUUUCUCCCCAGGUAGCUUAGGGUAGAACUCCAUCUCACAUCUUGCAUGGGCUGCAUGCUACCUGGGGCUGAGCUAAGAUAAAAACAAUGAUUGAGUUUGCUUUCUAAACAGGAAUGUCGUCACCAGCAGUAUCUGUUUAAAAUGAGGGUGAAAUAUGACUGUAAAACAAUACAUAAGCUGCAUACUACACUCCAGGAACUCAACAACCUACAUCUAGAAUACUCCCCACAAUCUUCAAGUAGUGGCUGAGAACUAGGUUUCUUCUGGGGAAAGCUGUUUUUUGCCACAGGUGAGGUAGACUUCUCCAACUUGGAGAAGUUCUUGCUAGACCUCUAAGACUUCCUCCUUGAAGCAGUGAGAAAUGGUACUAAAUACACCUUCAGCUCUAGGUGUCUCAUGUGGCUUGCUGAACAAGUCCAUUGACAAGCACUAGAAAGGCCAUGGUGGGAGGAGGGGUGUAUAAAAACACUGUUAGUCAGAUGACUGUAACCAGUGUAUUGGUGACUACCUUUACACUUGUUUUGGUAACUGGCUCACUCAUAUUCCCUUGUCACUUCUCCUCAAAUUGCUGUAGUAGAGAACUUUUGUCUCUUGUAAAAUAAAGGUAUAUUGCA